ACGCUUCAGAAAGUCCGGGCACAUGCCCAUCUGGAUGAACAGAAGCCAAAAUGAUGCGUUUGAGGAACUCUCCCUUGCCGCAACCGAUGUCUUUGUGGAGGAUCCACGAUAUGAAACGAAAGUAGCCGAGGCCGUUGAGGCGGAUGUGCAACAGAUCACUCAACUAACUGACCUUGUGUUGCAAGACACGAAACCCCUUCAAUUGGCACGAAAAAAGGGAACCAGCGCGGCCAAAAGCAUCGGGGUGGAUAUUACAAAACGGCGCAAGAAAAGCAAAAAAUCGCCGGACCGGGUUCCCCUCCACAAGCCAACCGUACUGCGGGCAGGCAGUCCGGAGACGCGUAUCUGA